CCACACACGCGAUUUCUUUGUUAGCUUGCUAGGCAUUUUGGAUAACGAGAGAGAAAGUCCGAGUCUUUGAGAGAGAGAGAGAGGUGAGGAGUAGGUGGUGGUGCUGCUGGGUUGCUGGGUUAGCGUUGAAGAACAGCGCAAUUGCAAUGGAGGUGGAUGGCAAUUCUGUGGUGGCAGGACCAACGAAUGUUGUUUAUCUGUCGACAAUUUUGGGCCGUGAUGGGUCAAAUCCUGUGCACAAAUGUGACUGGAAAUGUCAGAACGAGCACGUCUGCGCGAAUAUGUACCUCUGCAAGCUAACUGGAGCCACUCACAUCUGUGACAAAAACUGUGAUCAGAGGAUCGUGUAUGAUAACCAUAGCUCCCUUUGCCGGGCAAGCCGAAAGAUUUUCCCCCUUACACAAGUAGAGGAACAGGCUGUGAGAGGGGUCCGGAGGAAGCUUGAGUCGGAGAACUCUUCUGCAGACAGUUGCUCUUCUAAGCGCAGACGGGAUGCCCAGCUCCAUCCUUCUCCCUUUGAGCGAUCCUUCACUACUGCCAGUCUGAUCUGCAGCAAAGUUGGAGAUGGCAUGGAUAUGAGCUAGACUUAUAAGAUAAAUGAAAGACCCUUAUUGCUUAUCUUAAUCUUGUUCCUUUUAAACUUUUCCCUAUUUUCAUUUCGUGGAACGGAUAUGGACGAUGAACUUGAUGAGUACUUUAAGUGGCGGACCUAAUGUGUCCUACCCGUCUGUAGGGACAAUCUAUAUUUGUAGUCCUGUUUACUGCAAUUUAACUCCUCCAUAAGCUCUUGACUUUAAAAGAAUGUUAUUUAGGGGUGAUCAGGGUAUGUUUAACUGCUUAAGAAUCUUGGAUUCAAUUCUUAUUCUUGCUAGCCUUACUGGUCAGGAACUUUGGCUCUAUUUGCUGCAGGGUGCUUUCAGGUCGUUUGUACGACUUUUGUCAUGAUUUAGCUUUGACUUCUUUUAUCAUACUCCAAUUAACCUUAUCGCCAAUUUCUUAUUUGUUGUCAUUUAUGAUGUUUAUGUCGUCGAAAGGCAAUUAUUUGUAUUAAUUUGGAUCUGUAAUAUUAUUGGUUCUUGUUCGCUACGAUUGCAGGCAGUAUAGAUUGUUGUUGGGUUACUUUUCCCUAGUUUAGUACAGGUUACUAAGGAAUAAUCCGGAUUUCACUUGUUUUAUAUGUUUGCAUCAUCUACAUUGUUUUUUGCUCUGGUUAUUUGACCGAAUGUAUCUGAAAUUGGCCAAUUUUGCAGGACUUGAAGCGUGUGCUAUCAAGGAGAUAUUAGAUAUGCUUGUUAAUAAUGAAUAAUGUUGUUUUUAUUUAGAAAUUUUCUGAUAUGGCUUCUUAUGAAUUUUGUUUUGUUUUCUCUGUAGGUAAUUGUAUAAUUUCUUGGAGGACAAAGCUACACCUGGUGAUGCUGGAGAGUUGACCUGGCCGUUCUAAAUGCUUGUCUUUGGAAUGACGUUGUAACUUACACGGGCAAAGCUACUUCGUGCAGAAAUAUGAUAAAACUUCCAGAAUAUGGUAAUUUAUCAAUCCCUUUGAUUUGCCUUACUGGCGAAGUACUACACAGCACUGUCCGCUCAGCCAUCAAAGCACCUGGUAGCCACAUUCAACUACUUUUGAGUCACAUUACAUCCAUCUUAUCUUGUGCUGGUGGUUCGACAUAAAUUGUGUUAGAGUUGUCCGGUCCAUGCCUAUUUGGGUCGUCAAUGUUUCCAUGUAAGGCAAAUCCCUCUGCACCAGCAUGUCUGAAAGUUACUGUGCUAAUAAGGUAGAAAGUGUAUUGAAAGUUGUAACUAGGCAGAACUGUUGCCUCCAGCCUUUUGUUAGCCUUUCGCUGAACCAUUUCUAGGCUACUUGUUAUCUUUUAGGUUACUGUUAACUUCGAAGUCCUUUUAUUCUAGACAAACAGAGGAAAGUCCUCUCGAUGCUUGUAAAUUUUCUAGUGAUAUCAAGAUGUUUUUAUUAAUUUGGCAUCAUCAGUUUGUAAAAACAUUGCAAGCUUGUAAUCGACACAAUUUAUGAGCAAGGAAUUACAUGUUCAUGUUCAUUUUCA